GUGAGUGGCUCUCCAAAAUCGAAACGUAAAUACCGGUGAUUUACCGAACUUAAUCGAUCAGUUUCCUUUCAUCUUCUCUUUCCUCACCCUGGCCUCCUUUCUGAGUUUGUAAAAGAUUUGAGGGUGGGAAGAUAAGCCUAAAUGGAGGCCACCGGUCUCCUCACUCCCGUCGUACAGUACUUGGUCCGGCUACUCGGAGAAGAAAUAAAACUCCUUUGUGAAGUAAAGAAUGACGUCGAGUCACUUAAGCUGGAGCUCGGUCUCAUAUCUGCCUACCUGGAUCCACCCGAGGGCAAUCGGAAGAAGGAUGCCAUAUCGGAGGUGGUAAUAGGGCAAAUCAGGGAGAAGGCUUACGAGGCUGAGGAUGUAAUCGAUAAAUACAUCCUCAUCAAAACCUCAAAACACAGCAGGAGGAAAUCGGUGGUGAAUAUACUCCAGGGGUGUGGCCGCCCAAAAGAGCUUGUCGAUUUAGCAAAGACAAUAGUAAACCUCAAGAAUGAAAUCAAUAAUAUCUUCAACAAUGCCAAAAAGUACGCCAUUGAAAGACCUGAAACUAGUGUAGAUGCAGAGCCCGAUCGAAAGCAGGAACUGCACAAACAUUGGUCAGAAGUCAGGGAAGAUGACGUGGUGGGCUUCAACAAUAACUCAGUGGAAUUGGAGAAGCUUUUUAGGAAAAAAGGUACUAAGCUUGAUGUGAUUUCAAUAAUCGGCAUGGGUGGGUUGGGCAAAACAACUCUUGCCCGGAAAAUCUACAACACUACUCAGGUCAGGAGCUUCUUUGCACGCCGUGUAUGGGUGUAUGUAUCUCAACAUGCCAAAACUAGAGAGCUGUUGUUUAAAAUUUUAAAGGAGAUGCCAAUUUCGAAGGAGCUGAGAAGGAAUCUUGAAGGCAUGGGGGACGGCGAAUUAAAAGAGACAUUGUCCAAAUACUUGAACCGGGAGAGGUAUUUAAUAGUCAUGGACGACAUCUGGAAAACUGAUUUCUGGGAUGAGGUAAGAUCUGUAUUUCCUGAUAACUCUAAUGGAAGCAGAAUCUUAAUCACCAGUCGUAAUAAAGCUGUGGCUUUGAAGGCAAGUAGUACUCCUCCCUACAUUCUCCCAUUUCUUAAUAGCGACGAAAGCUGUGAACUCUUUCAUAAGAAAGUGUUUCAAGGAGGAGAAUGUCGCCCCGAGUUAAAGCCUCUGGCCAGACAACUAGCAGAAAGCUGUCGUGGCUUACCACUUUCAAUUGUGGUAUUAGCGGGCAUUUUAAAACACGAACAACAAGAAUUGCUAACAUGGUCGAAAUUUAUUCAGGUAAAUUGCCACCUUACUGAAUGCAGAGACAUACUAGCCUUGAGCUACACCCACCUACCCCGGCCCUUAAAACCGUGUUUUUUGUAUCUUGGUGCAUACCUAGAAGACUCUGAGAUUCCUGUAAGGCAACUAAUUAACCUUUGGAUAGCCGAGAGUUUCAUAGAGCACACUCCCAAUAAAAACCCUGAGGAUGUUGCUGAAGACUACUUGGAGCAGCUCAUUGAUCGAAGCUUGAUCCAAGUAGCUAGCAGGAGGGCAGAUAGAAGAUCUGUAAAGACAUGCCGUAUUCAUGAUCUUUUACGAGAUCUCUGCAUAUCACAGAGUGCUGAAGAAAAAUUUCUCGAGGUAUGUACAGAUGUUAACCCUUCAUUUGUAAACAAAUCCCGUAGGCUUUCUAUUCAAGGUAGCAUUGAUUCAUAUAUUUCUUCAAACCCCACUCACUCUACGAUUCCUCGUUCUUUGUUGUUUCUUGGCCAAGAUACAAAUGAAUUUGAUCAAAAGCACUGGACAUGGGUCCAGGAAAACUUGUUGUUGGUUCGGGUGUUUAAUUUGGGGCAUGUAAAUCUCUCCGAUCACACAAGCAUAGGAAGAUUCAUCCAUUUGAGGUACUUGGGUAUAAAACUUGAUGCAAUGGGAGAUAUUACCGCUUCCAUUUGCAGCCUUACGAAUUUAGAAACACUUGACCUGAGAGGUAGUACCUUUCUAAAUCGCUUGCCAAAAGGGAUAUGGAAAUUGCGACGCUUAAGGAAUUUGCAUAUGUCUGGGCCAGUGGGUCUUCCUGACUAUUUGGACCCAGACAUUAAAGGUCUGUGGAGCCUUCAAGUCCUUUCCACCGUCUCUCUUACCCCACAAAAUGUGGGCCUAAUUGUCAAGGGCAACCCUCCUAAUAUAAGGAAAUUAGGAAUAUGGUUUGAGGACGAGAGCAAGAGCGAAGUAGCAGAUGUUUUGAGAAGCCUCACCCACUCAUCUCAUCUUCAAACACUGAAAAUUAUAAAUUGUUCAGAGCAUCCUGGUUUGCCGAUUCAAUUUCCAUCCAACAUCACCAAGAUAACUUUAAGCCGAGUGAGCAUAGAAGUCGAUGGCAGCAUGAAACUUCUGGGGGAACUUACCGGUCUUCUGAUACUGAAACUAAAAAGUUGCUUGCUUUCUAGUAACUUCGAAUUCAUUGCAGGUUCAUUCCCUAGCCUUGAAGUUUUGAGAUUGGAAAAAUUGAGAAUUGAAGAAUGGAAACAAGAGGAAAACACAAUGCCAUACCUCAAGCAUUUGGUUAUCAAAGAAUGCACUGGGUUGACUGUACUCCCUUCGGAACCAUGGAGUCUGUUGGCUUUGCGUGAUGUGGAGGUAUUAUGGAGCAGCAGAGAAUCUGUAAUGACGCUUCAAAAUAUGCAGAACGAUCAUGAGUUCAAUCUAGUGAUUGAGCCUCCUCUGGCUGACUCCUUUUAUGACAGAAUUGCGAUGAUCUAGAUCACUCCGUGAACUUCGACGGAAACGUUUCAUUUCCACUGCUGUUGCAAGGCUCUCCCACCUCUGUGGCUAGCUGGUGCUUCUCAUUUGUAUUCUACUCCAACUUUUUGUAGUUGCACGUACUUUCUUGUUACCGUUGAUUGUUCAAGCAGGACUAUGAUGAAAGGAAUUCCCCUUAAUUACGAGUAAUUUUAGAUAGUCUGUUUGUGUCCCACUAAGAAUAAUGUGGCUAUUUUUUUUUUUUUUUAUUUGACAUGUUCGCACAAGAGGAAGGAGAGGGGAUUCGAACUAAUGACCUCCACUUCAUUAGGCGUAGUACUAGCCGAUUGAGCUACCUCUUGGGGACAUGUGACUAUUAAAAUCACCCUUUGAUCAAAAUUCAAUAAUGAUCAAUCACAAGCUCAAUUGUGAUUUUAAUAGCCACAUUAUUCUUAGUUUGACACAAGUAUGCCAUCUAGAAUUACUCAUUAAUUAUUGAAAAGGGUUCCUACCAAAAACAACAGGGAAUGGAGACAUUGAAAUGUUUAUUUAAAUAAAUUUUCAAUAAUCUAGGACACCGUUUUUGCUUCCAUUUAAUUUUCAAUUAUUGAAGAAUAGUGUUGCUCUA